AUGCCUGCCAAGAAACAAACCGGUACUGCCUCCAAGGAGCAGGUCGCAAAGACGAGCGUCCCGACUGCCGACCAAAUCCUCGUUCCGGAGACUCUCUUGAAGAAGCGCAAGAGCCAGGAGAAGGCGAGAGAGGAGCGCUCUGCUGAACUUGAGAAGAAGAAGAAGGCCCAAAAGGAGAAGCGCGGUGUCAUCUUCAAGCGUGCCGAGAAGUACGUUAAGGAGUACCGUGAUCAAGAGCGCGAGAAGAUCCGCCUUGCCCGUUUGGCUAAGCAAGAUGGUGCUUUCCACAUUCCUGCUGAGGAGAAGUUGGUCUUCGUUAUCCGUAUCAAGGGUAUCAACAAGAUCGCACCAAAGCCCCGAAAGAUCCUCCAACUCCUCCGUCUCCUUCAAAUCAACAAUGGUGUCUUUGUCCGCAUGACAAAGGCCACUCUCGAGAUGCUCAAGGUUGUCGAGCCAUGGAUUGCCUAUGGAUACCCUAAUCUGAAGACUGUUCGUGAACUCAUCUACAAGCGUGGAUACGGAAAGGUCGACAAGCAACGCAUUGCUCUCACCGAUAACUCGAUCAUCGAAGCCAACUUAGGAAAGUACGGCAUUGUCUGCAUGGAGGACUUGAUCCACGAGAUCUUCACUGUCGGACCCAACUUCAAGCAAACUGCCAACUUCUUGUGGCCAUUCAAGCUUUCUAACCCAACGGGAGGUUUCCGCGCCAGAAAGUUCCGUCAUUUCGUCGAAGGUGGUGACUUGGGCAACCGCGAAGAUAAGAUCAAUUCUUUAGUCCGCCAGAUGAACUAGACAUGUUGUGGAUGAUUCUCCUGGGCUUGUUGACUUGCUUUAGCUAGGGCUUGCAUUGGCGUAAACAUCAAAAGAAUGAAUGACAUUACAAAGCAAAGUUUGAAUUCCACUGA